AUGUUGGAGCUAAGGUUGGUACAGGGGAGUCUCCUGAAGAAAGUUCUUGAAUCGAUCAAAGACUUGGUGAACGAUGCCAACUUCGACUGUUCCGCUACUGGUUUCUCUCUCCAAGCCAUGGACUCCAGCCACGUGGCUCUGGUAGCGCUCCUCCUCCGAUCGGAGGGCUUCGAUCACUACCGGUGUGACCGCAACCUCUCCAUGGGUAUGAACCUCGGAAACAUGGCCAAGAUGCUCAAAUGCGCUGGAAAUGAUGAUAUCAUCACCAUCAAGGCCGAUGAUGGCAGCGAUUCCAUCACGUUCAUGUUCGAAAGCCCUACUCAAGAUAAGAUUGCGGAUUUUGAGAUGAAGCUCAUGGACAUUGAUAGCGAGCAUCUUGGAAUUCCAGAAGCAGAAUAUGAAGCCAUUGUAAGGAUGCCAUCAACUGAAUUUGCAAGGAUUUGCAAAGAUCUCAGCACCAUUGGCGAUACUGUUGUAAUAUCUGUGACAAAAGAAGGUGUGAAGUUCUCCACUAGAGGUGAUAUUGGGACAGCAAAUAUUGUUUGCAGGCAGAAUACCUCAGUAGACAAGCCAGAAGAAGCCACCAUCAUAGAAAUGCAGGAACCAGUUUCAUUGACCUUUGCCCUGCGGUACAUGAACUCCUUCACAAAGGCCACUCCAUUGGCAAACCAAGUGACAAUCAGCAUGUCAUCAGAUCUACCGGUGGUGGUUGAAUACAAAGUUGCAGAAAUGGGAUACAUCAGGUUCUAUUUGGCUCCCAAAAUUGAAGAAGAUGAGGAGACUGCAGCUCACGCACCAAGCCAACCUAACACAGAGGUUAAGCCUAAAGUGAAAGUGGAGUAUCAGCCACAAGAGAUUGACCUUGAAGAGGCAAGCAAGCCUCUAGUUGAAAACAAGACUGAAGUGGCGGCCAAACUUGAGACUGAAGCUAAUGGUGAGGUUGCAAUCAUCGAUGUGAAAAUGGAGUCUAAGCCUCUAGAAGGGACUGACCUUGAAAAGGAAGGCAAGCCUCUGGUUGAAAGCAAGACUAAAUUGGAGACCAAUGGUGAAGUUGAAGUCAUGGAUGUUGAGUAG